AUGUCAGGUCGGUGUUUGGAUUUUUUGUUGCGGUCGGACCGGAAGUUUGGCGAUCGGCCUAUACGUGGUGGCCGGUGGCUGAUGGACCUGCGCCGUAUCUGUGGUCUUUCGGGUCGUCGUUGUCUGCUGCUGAUGCUGCUGCUGCAGACCCGUUACAGCCGCCGAGGCUUGACCGGUGGCCGUCGACUUCUGCAACACGGACAACGGAAUGCAUUUCGAUCAUCGACUGCAAAUGCGCUGCUGCAGCAGCUGCAACGGGUGGUGCAGCGUGGCUCGGCAUGA